CAUUUAAACACGUGUUUUUGUUGUUGUGUACAUCUACAUCUGCCAAAGCUACGCUGCGAUGUGGAAUUUUCUGAAAGGUGUACAGAAACCGCCAGAGACGGGGACAAAGCGGCCUCGGUCUGAAGAGGAGAAAAAGGCCGCCGAUAAAGCGUACGAGAAGGAGAAACGACAAAGGACUUAUAAGCAAACGUGGGAGCAGGAAAGCAUGUUGGACAUAUUUUGGGUGCUAUAGUCAUGAAAGUAUGGAGGACAGCAGUGGCGUUGCCAUCCUAGUUCCUUGCUCCAGGGAUCAUCAGGAUGUCUUCAUCGCCGACUCACACAUUCACGAUCUGGAACAUGAGCAGGAGCAGAACAACCAGGCUGCCGAUUCUCUUAUCCAGGUGAUCGAGAAGCUCAGUAAGAUAGUGGAGAAGCGGCCUAGGCGAUACACUCUGUCUGGGAAAAAGCGUCCUUCCAUGACCUGCGCCUCAGUAAUGGUGGCGGAUAGCAGAGACGGCAGUGGAGGGGUUUCACCUUCCAAAAGAAGCCGGGAGAAUGGACAGGAGUGCCAGGGUGUCAGUUGUGCGUCAGUACCCGUUACAGAGGAGGAACCGGCGAACAGAAGUGCCUGCAUGGUUACCUGCUACCAGUGCAGCCUAUGCCGCUUCCUUUCUCCUGCACUGAACACUUUGAAAGAGCACAUGAAGCAGCAUGAUGAGCAGCACAACGAGCUCAUUCUCAUGUGCUCAGAGUGUAGUUUUACUUCCAACCACCAGGAGGAGCUCGAAGCGCAUAUCAGGCUCCACUUUGAAAAUGGCGACUGCGCAAAGGGAUCGCAACAAUCCGGAUCGCUAAAAGGAAAUCUGCAGGGUAAGAUGAGGUUCUCCACUAUGAAGUCUGAGACCGAAUUGGAGAAAAUGCCAGGAGCCCCGAAGAAGUGGUACAGGUACGAGCAAGGUCGGUAUCACUGCCUGAUAUGCAGUUAUGAAUGUGGACAGCAGCGCAAUUUGAAAACGCACGCCUGGAAGCAUGCCGGCUUGGUGGACUGCUCAUAUCCUAUAUUCGAAGAUGAUGAUGACGACCAGCAGGAAGUUCAUCCUUCAUAUACCCUGACCAGCAGCCCAUCUUUAGAGCAGUGUAAAAAGCACGAGGCUAUUGUGGUUCUCGCACCUGUUGGGGAAGAAGCUCAGGUUCUGCGCAGUGCCGCCUCCAUUCAGCUGGAACUCUGUGCAUCAGCAAGUGUGAAAAGCAAGAGCAACGUGAUGGCCGAGAGAGUAGAGGAGCUCGAAAAUCCAAUGCACGUUUUCUCUGUCGACGGAGCUCCGUCAGUGGAGCCCCCAGGAGAGGUUCAGGUGACUCCUGAGGCGCAGAUGGAGCUGGAGUUGGAGACAGAAAACCAGCAAACCAACACUGACAGCUUGUUGUCUUCAGUCCAGAAGAUCAUCAGCUGUAGUGGCAAAAGUGCCGGCCAUGUCAACGUCAUCGUGGAGAGGCUGCCCUGCACUGAAGAACCUGUGAGCAGCAAGCCUCUGCUCCUCAGCCCAGAGGUGGCUGGGUACAAGACCCUACUAGCUUCCCAGGAAGUCGAAAUUGAGAACCAGUCUCACUCCAUGUACUGUGAGGAGCAGGUUCUGAUCGACUGGAAUGGCAGUGAAGAGCAUCAGGAAAUGGAGAACCAAGAGUCUGAGCCAGCUCCGGACGAAAAUCCGCCUCCAGCUCGUAGGAGGACGCACUCCGAGUGUUUGCGGUUGCACUCUUUGGCGGCUGAAGCCCUUGUGGCGAUGCCAUUGAGAGCUCCGGAACUGAGCAAAUCUGCUGUUAAGGGCACUUCAGGUGUGAUCUCUGACACAGGCCAGAAAAUACUUGAUCUGUCUGCCACUUCUGUGGUGUCCAAUGCAAAGGUCCCUACAGCAGAGCUGGUGGCAGGGAUGCCAGGGUCAGCGACCCUUUUGAACAUCAGCCAGGGUUCCAGGGAAGAAUUAAUGUUGGAAGGGCCUUCAAAAGCUGGAAUCAGCACAUCUUUACUGACUGUUAUUGAACGGCUACGAGAAAGGUCGGAUCAGAACGCCUCAGACGAAGACAUCCUAAAGGAGCUACAGGACAAUCCGCAGAUCCUGAAUGGCGAUAUGGCGACGGGAGAGGUGGACGUGGCGGGUGAUCCUUUCUCCACAGAAGCCGAUCUGGUGGAGCACGUCGCUGGAAGCGACCGACCCUACCGCUGCCGCCUGUGCCUUUACAGCAGUGGCAACAAGGGCUUUGUCAAGCAGCACCUGCGUGUUCACAGGCAGAAGCAGCCUUACCAAUGCCCCAUCUGCGAACACAUCGCCUCCGAUAGCAGGGAUCUGGAGAGCCAUAUGAUCCACCACCACAAGAGCCGCAUGUACCAGUGCAAGCACUGCAACGAGGUUUUCCACUAUAAGAGUCAGCUGCGGAAUCACGAGAGAGAGCAACACGGGAUAAGUGACACCACAGAGUCCCUCACAGCUGUCGAUGAAACCAGAGCAAACACGGACGAGUCUGAAAAGAUGACUGAUGAGGACUGUGUCAGCGAGCAGAAAGUGUAUAAAUGUGACAUGUGUGACUAUACCAGCUCCACCUACGUUGGAGUGCGGAACCAUCGCAGGAUUCACAGUUCAGACAAGCCUUACAGGUGUUGCAGCUGCGACUUUGCCACCACCAACAUGAACAGCCUGAAGAGCCACAUGAAGAGACACCCACAGGAGCACCAGGCUGUGCAGCUCCUCGAGCAGUACAGGUGCUCCCUCUGUGGAUACGUUUGCAGCCAUCCUCCAUCCCUCAAGUCCCACAUGUGGAAACACGCUGGGGAUCAGAACUACAACUACGAACAAGUGAACAAGGCCAUCAACGAGGCCAUCUCUCAGAGCAGCCGGUCUCCAGUCAUGCCUUCAAAAUCAGGCCCAGAUCCAUCCAUAGACCGUCCAUACAUCAUUCUGAGCCAGAAGGAGAAGGCGUCGCCUCCUUCAGCCCCGAGAGCGCUAGGAGGAUCGGUGACGAAAGAAGGCACCGGGCUUCCAGCAGGUAUGGAGUACUGCGUGCUGCUCUUCUGCUGCUGCAUCUGCGGCUUCGAGUCCACCAGUAAAGAACAGCUGAUGGAGCACAUGAAGGAGCAUGAUAUCAUCAGCAUGAUCCUGAGCAAGGAGCAGCAGGGAAGCCAGGCUUCCGAGGCCAGCACCGCGCAGUGAGGGAGAUCAGUGUGUACACACUUACAGGAAAUCUCUUAAAAUUAGAGCCAGUAACUUUUUUUUUUUUGCACUUUUUUUUCCCCUUUAGUGCUUUUGAUACACUGCUUUACAGAUCCAGAAGCUCUGAGCUCUUAGUGUGUGUGUAUAUGUACGUGUG